GUACCGCCCCUACUACUAUCCCAGGUGUUCUGAACUUCCGUACUGCUUCCUUAGUCGGUUUGCCACCGCUGUUGACGCUAUGUUAUCGCAUUCCCGAUGUCUUUGCAGGACACUUGGGCGCUCUCUGUCUGCGCUAAGUCAGGGUAAUAAUGUGCUGGCUGGAAGGACUGCUUCAGGCCUCUCCACUGGCAACAGGGUUGUCUACGGGAACAGUCAGUUAUGUGAGUCUCCGUCCUCAAUUGUUGUCUUCUACAUUAGAUCCUUCAAGACGUCUGCAGCACGUAGGGAUGAAGUUGUCACCGUCAACACCCCUCCGUUCUCUGAGUCGAUCACAGAAGGGGACGUCAGGUGGGAGAAAGCUGUUGGAGAUUCAGUGAAAGAGGAUGAGGUGGUGUGUGAGAUCGAGACUGACAAGACCUCGUUGCAGGUGCCGUCWCCGGCGGCCGGUGUGGUCACGGAGCUCCUGGUGCCAGAUGGAGGGAGGGUAGAGGCCGGGAAUCCCCUCUUCAAGCUCAAAAAAGGAGCAGCAGCAGCCAAAGCCGCCCCAGCAGCAGAGGUCCCUGCCGCUGCCCCUCCCCCAACGCCGGCCGCCGUCCCUGUCGCCGUACCCCCCGUGGCAGCACAAGCCAAACCUUUUUCUGCGGUCAAGCCCACUGCAGCAGCACCAGCACSACCAGCAGCAGCAGCCCACGGAGCCAGGACAGAGAGCAGGGUAAAGAUGAAUCGUAUGAGGCUGAGGAUCGCCCAGCGACUGAAGGAGGCUCAGCAGACCUGCGCCAUGCUCACCACCUUCAACGAGAUAGACAUGAGCAACAUCCAGGAGAUGAGGAAGCUCCAUAAAGAUGCUUUCUUGAAGAAACAUAACAUCAAGCUUGGCUUCAUGUCGGCCUUCGUUAAGGCUUCAGCCCACGCUCUCAUGGACCAGCCUUCUGUCAACGGAGUGAUUGAUGAUACAACCAAAGAGAUAGUUUACAGGGAUUAUGUCGACAUCAGUGUGGCUGUGGCCACUCCGAAGGGACUGGUUGUACCGGUUAUUCGCAACGUAGAGACCAUGAACUUUGCUGACAUUGAGAAAACCAUCAACGGUCUGGGAGAGAAGGCUCGUAAUAAUUUGCUGGCUGUGGAGGACAUGGACGGAGGUACCUUCACCAUCAGUAACGGGGGAGUGUUCGGUUCCAUGUUCGGCACGCCCAUCAUCAACCCACCCCAGUCUGCCAUCCUGGGCAUGCACGGCAUCUUCGACAGGCCUGUGGCCAUCGGCGGCAAGGUGGAGAUCCGGCCCAUGAUGUACGUGGCUCUGACCUACGACCAUCGGCUGGUCGACGGCAGAGAGGCAGUCACCUUCCUGCGUAAAAUCAAGUCUGUGGUGGAGGAUCCCCGCGUUCUUCUGCUCGACAUGUGAUUCCAACCUUCCAUCACUGCAGUGGGGCCACGUUCAGUAGGCACUAACGUUGUUGAGCAUUUACAAAUAGUAGUGUGGUUGACUCUCUUUUCUACCUCAGAGGUAUGUGGUUGUACAUAAUGCUCCACAACGUUGUGUCCUGCUGAACACACCCCCAGCGAUUUUUAAACAUCGCUCGGCAUCUGUAUGAAACCAAACCAACCCAUCCCAAAAACAAGCGACAGCCAAAUCCAUUGUUAUUUACUUUAGGUUGAAGAGAGAGUCCUCGAUCUGUUUAAGUGACAAAGACAUUAUAGUUGGCUGAAAGGCACAGACAGAUAUGGGACUGGGGCUAAGACAGAAUUUAAUGUUGAGAUUAUUCACUUAUUAUUAGUUGGUUUCAUUCAGCAGUUUUUGAUCAGAUUGAAAUGUCAGAUUGAUUUAACAUCAUACAGUGUGUCACUGACUGAGAACAGACCUGGUCGGUUUCAUGUCUCAAUAUUAGACUGACUCUCUGAUGAACCGACCAGGUCUGAUCCGUCUCAAUAUUAGACUGACUCUCUGAUGAACCGACCAGGUCUGAUCUGUCUCAAUAUUAGACUGACUCUCUAAUGAACCGACCAGGUCUGAUCUGUCUCAAUAUUAGACUGACUCCUCAAAUGAACUGACCAGGUCUGUUCUGUCUCAAUAUUAGACUGACUCUCUGAUGAACCGACCAGGUCUGUUCUGUCUCAAUAUUAGACUGACUCUCUGAUGAACCGACCAGGUCUGAUCCGUCUCAAUAUUAGACUGACUCUCUGAUGACCGACCAGGUCUGAUCCGUCUCAAUAUUAGACUGACUCUCUAAUGAACCGACCAGGUCUGAUCUGUCUCGAUAUUAGACUGACUCUCUAAUGAACCGACCAGGUCGGUUCUGUCUCAAUAUUAGACUGACUCUCUAAUGAAACGACCAGGUCUGUUCCGUCUCAAUAUUAGACUGCCUCUCUAAUGAACCGACCAGGUCUGAUCCGUCUCAAUAUUAGACUGACUCUCUAAUGAAACGACCAGGUCUGAUCCGUCUCAAUAUUAGACUGACUCUAAUGAACCGACCAGGUCUGAUCCGUCUCAAUAUUAGACUGACUCUCUAAUGAACCGACCAGGUCUGAUCCGUCUCAAUAUUAGACUGACUCUCUAAUGAACCGACCAGGUCUGAUCUGUCUCAAUAUUAGACUGACUCUCUAAUGAACCGACCAGGUCUGUUCUGACUCAAUAUUAGACUGACUCUAAUGAACCGACCAGGUCUGAUCUGUCUCAAUAUUAGACUGACUCUCUAAUGAACCGACCAGGUCUGAUCCGUCUCAAUAUUAGACUGACUCUCUAAUGAACCGACCAGGUUGUUCUGUCUCAAUAUUAGACUUUUCCAUUCAAAGCACUUACAUCAAGAAAUGGUCACGUGCCAAAAAAGCGUCAUGAUUUUACGGUGUUCCUCUUAGCACCAGAGAGCUUUUCAAUCAUCUGUACAUGUAGUCUAUCCAUGCUACCGAUUUUAACGCCAAAUACGUGUUUUUAGCAUUCUAGCCUAAAGAAUUGCUCAGUCGGAUACAAGAUGAAGUCCAUUCUAGAUCGCCUGUUCUGUAUGGCUGUCCCAUGUCAUGACUCUGUACUGUAUGUCUGUCCCAUGUCAUGGUUUUGUAUGACUGUCCCAAGUCAUGGUUCUGUGUUUUGACAGUGCUAUUCCUGGGGGUUGGUUAAAGGGUCACCUCUUCAUGUCUAGUCUCAUGGCUUCCCCCGUUGCAGGAACUUCUGCUGCUUCUUUGGGAUGACUGUCCACUGAGUGGCAUUGCUCCUCUCAUCGAAACCACCGCAAACAUUGUUUGCAUACUAAAUGGCAUCCGAUUCACUAUAUUAGGGCACGAAGUUUAGGGCUCCUAUACAGGGAGUAGGCUUCCAUUUCAUACUCAGGCAUUUCCACAUUGUAUUGAAGAGAAACCACCUCCCUCUGGAGAGAGUUCUGUCAGUCCAUGACAAGGCAACAUGCAGUGUAACACCCGGACCAGUGUUCGGGUACAGUUUUCAAGUCGCACAAUUUAGCAGCAUGCACAAUUGUAUUUCAUGAAGAACUCUUCUUCGUCGAACCCAGGAAGCAGAUUCUCUAUGUGCUGUAUACAAUACUUGUAACUUCAUUUAAAGGAAACCAUUUUAAACAUCCCAGAGUUUUAUGUACUUGUGGUUUUUUUCUUCUCCUCUCUGAUCUUAUCUAAUGUAUUUUUAGCUUUCCCUACAUGGAUCACAGAACCCCCACUAGAGCAAGCAGCARCACAGUGGCAAGGAAAAGACAGAUUGGUUUCAAACGCACACAACACAUCUAAUAACAUGCAGGUGUUGGUUACAACAAAAAAACAU